UACAAAGAGAGAUGUGUUCUAGAGAGAGAAAGAUAAAAAAGGAGGACAUGGUUGCCAUAAUUUGAAUUCACUCUCUCUCUCUCUAAAACACAGAAAAACUACUUUGGACUCUGACAGCUCUACACCGUCCCAACUGGUGUGCCUUCUUCUCUCACUUCCUUCAUACUACCCAACUCAACUACUUUAUAGUUUAAACCAAAAAAAAACCAAACCAAAGAAGGAUCGAAUUCUCAUUCAAACCAAAAAACAGAGAGAAAAUGUCUGGUUAUGUAGGCAUUCUGGUUUCAGAUCCAUUGCUUCAGAACCAGUUCACUCAAGUUGAACUCCGCAGCUUAAAAACUCACUUUAUGAGCAUGAGGAGAGAGAGUGGGAGAGUGACACUGGGAGAGCUGGCGUCGAAGAUGUCUCGUUUGAAAGUGGUUGGAGAGAAUCUCACUGAAGAAGAGAGAGCUUCGUUUAUCCAUGAUUUCUAUCCUGAUCAUCAUGACCACGACGAUGUCGACUUCGAGCUUUUUCUUAGAGUAUAUUUGGAACUCCAAGCCCAUGCUAGUGCUAGAACUGGAAGUAAUACUAAGAACUCAUCUGCAUUCCUAAAGGCUGCCACCACAACAUUGCUUCACACAAUUAGCCAAUCAGAGAAGGCCUCUUAUGUUGCACACAUCAAUAACUACCUUGCAGAAGAUCAGUUUUUAAAGCAAUACCUUCCUAUCGAUCCUUCAACCAAUGAUCUCUUCGAGAUUGCAAAAGAUGGAGUUCUUCUCUGUAAGUUAAUUAAUGUAGCAGUUCCGGGAACUAUUGAUGAUCGUGCUGUUAACACAAAGAGAGUGCUCAAUCCAUGGGAAAGGAAUGAGAAUCAUACACUCUGCCUCAACUCUGCUAAGGCCAUUGGAUGUACCGUUGUCAAUAUAGGGACUCAGGACUUUAUUGAAGGAAGGCGUCAUCUUGUGCUUGGAGUGAUCUCUCAGAUCAUUAAGAUACAAUUACUAGCAGACCUCAACCUAAAGAAGACACCUCAGUUGGUGGAGUUGGUAGAUGAUAGUAAGGAUGUGGAAGAGUUGAUGAGUCUACCACCAGAGAAGAUCUUAUUGAGGUGGAUGAAUUUUCAAUUAAAGAAAGCUGGAUACAAGAAGAUUGUCACAAACUUCUCGUCUGACAUAAAGGAUGGAGAAGCUUAUGCCCACCUCUUAAAUGUACUUGCACCAGAGCACAGUCAUCAAUCUACAUUGGCAGCAAAAAAUCCUUUGGAAAGAGCAAAGUUAGUUCUGGAACAUGCAGAUAGGAUGGGCUGUAAGAGAUACUUGACUGCAAAAGAUAUUGUGGAAGGUUCCCCAAAUCUGAACCUUGCUUUUGUUGCACAUAUUUUUCAGCAUAGGAAUGGGCUCUCGACCCAAACAAAACAAAUAUCUUUCCUUGAAACUUUGCCAGAUGAUGCCCUAGUGUCCAGAGAAGAGAGAGCAUUUCGCCUUUGGAUGAAUAGUCUUGGAAAUUCAACAUAUAUCAACAAUGUCUUUGAAGACCUUAGAAAUGGGUGGGUACUUUUGGAGACCCUAGACAAGGUGUCGCCAGGGAUUGUCAAUUGGAAGAUUGCAAAUAAGCCUCCAAUAAAGAUGCCUUUUAGAAAAGUAGAGAACUGUAACCAGGUGGUGAAAAUUGGGAAACAAUUGAAGUUUUCCCUGGUUAAUGUUGCUGGAAAUGAUAUUGUGCAGGGAAAUAAAAAGUUGAUAUUAGCUUAUUUGUGGCAAUUAAUGCGAUGCAACAUCCUCCAACUUUUAAAGAACCUGAGAUUUCAUUCUCAUGGGAAGGAAAUCACAGAUGUUGAUAUUCUAGAGUGGGCUAACUCCAAAGUGAGCAACUCGGGAAGCCAGAGUCGCAUGGAUAGUUUUAAGGAUAAACGCUUGUCAGAUGGGAUUUUUUUCCUUGAGCUGCUUAGCUCUGUGCAGCCUCGAGCUGUAAAUUGGAGUCUUGUUACAAAAGGCAUAACAGAUGAAGCGAAAAAGAUGAAUGCCACCUACAUCAUUAGUAUUGCAAGGAAGCUUGGAUGUUCGAUAUUUUUGCUUCCUGAAGACAUAACUGAGGUGAAUCAAAAGAUGAUCCUUACAUUAACGGCAAGUAUUAUGUAUUGGUUCUUAAAACAACCAGUGGAAGAAAGGCCAUCUGGAACUUCAGAUAGUGAAAGUGGAAGCCAAUCAGAGACAAUAUCAAAUUCCACAAUAGAUGAUUCUGCUUCGGAAUCAUCAAUAGAGGAGAAUGGGAAUAUGUAAAUAUGUGAUGACUGAAAAAACUUUUUUCUGAAGUUUUGAAUUACUUCCCCCUCCAUUAUCUUUUGUUCCAUUUGAUUGAAAAGAUUAGUGAAUGACAAUGUAAUAGUAUGAGCGAUUUAGAGUGCCUUUA